CACAAGCAAUUGUUUUCUAUCUUGUAGGACCCAGUAAAUUGGAAGUUUCCCAGUCACCUCCUUGGAAUUAUCUGUGGUCAAAUAUUAACCUCAGCCAUACAAGUAAGCAAUCAACUAGUUGUCUCAAUAAAUGAUAGAAUUCGGUUCCAUUUGAUUUUGAAUACUUCCACUAAUCCUAGUCUCUCCAAGUCUACCAUACCGCAAAUUUUCGUCCAAGCAAGCAAAACAGGUGAAGAAAACUUUUCCGCUUUACCCAGGCUCAAUCGCAAACAGCAGUAGUGAAAAGGACGCUGAUCAGCUGAAGAAAUGCAUGCGCUGCUCUAUCUACUCCAAUUGCUUUCUGAUGGACUUUUGACAGGAACAAAGAACAUUCUCUUGACAGAUAUGAUGCAAGGCUGCUUUCGGCAUUUCUUGGAUUGCCUUUAGUUCCCCAUUCCACCAUUGCUUCAAAGUACCGAACCACCCUUUGCCACCCAUAUUCCUGUCAAAUGCUUGCACAGGUUAAUCGCGUAAUUACCCUUCAAAUUGAAACAAGUAAAGGAAAGCCUUAGCCCUCCUUUUUUUUUAUCUCCCUACCAAAACCGAUGGAUUACGUUCUUGCUAAGGUCAUAGCAGUAAACUAGUACAUAAUAUCCCCAUUCAUGUCCUAGGGCGGCUAAGGUAUGUAGGUUUAGUUUCAGUUUCGACGCCUCCAAGAACUCAGUUUUCUCCAGCUCCAAAGUCCAGACCACCCAAAUAUGGCUCAAUCUCCGCAAUCGGACCCGUUCCAGGAGUCCCGCCUAGACUCUGACGCCGGAGCAGUCUUUGUUCUUGAAUCAAAAGGGAAGUGGUGGCAUGCGGGGUUUCAUCUGACGACGGCUAUCGUGGGGCCUACAAUCCUGACGCUGCCUUAUGCGUUUAGGGGAUUGGGGUGGAUCCUAGGCAUCUUCUGUUUAACGGUGAUGGGAUGCGUCACCUUCUACUCUUACUAUCUCAUGUCCAAGGUGCUCGAACACUGCGAAAAAGCUGGUCGCCGCCACAUACGCUUCCGCGAGCUCGCCGCCGAUGUUUUAGGGUCAGGAUGGAUGUUUUACUUCGUGAUUUUUAUUCAGACAGCUAUCAACACUGGGGUUGGAAUAGGAGCAAUUUUGCUUGCAGGGCAAUGCCUCCAGAUCAUGUAUUCAAACCUUUCUCCCAGUGGAUCCUUGAAGCUGUAUGAGUUUAUAGCAAUGGUGACUGUGGUGAUGAUAAUUCUCUCUCAGCUCCCAACCUUCCAUUCCCUCAGGCACCUCAAUUUUGCUUCUCUGCUUCUCAGCUUGGGCUACACAUUCCUUGUGGUUGGUGCUUGUAUCCAUGCAGGUCUCUCUAAAAAUGCCCCUCAUAGGGAUUAUUUAUUGGAACCUUCAAAUUCAUCAAGAGUGUUUAGCGCCUUCACUUCUAUCUCCAUAUUAGCUGCCAUUUUUGGCAAUGGGAUUCUUCCUGAAAUACAAGCAACUCUGGCUCCACCUGCUACUGGGAAGAUGGUAAAAGGACUCCUGAUGUGCUACAGUGUAAUAUUUGUUACUUUCUACGCAGCUGCGGUUUCUGGAUACUGGGCUUUUGGAAACAAAUCUAAUUCAAACAUAUUGAAGAGUCUAAUGCCAGAUGAUGGACCAUCCUGGGCCCCAACAGUAGUUCUUGGCCUUGCUGUUGUAUUUAUUCUCCUACAGCUAUUUGCCAUUGGCCUGGUUUAUUCUCAAGUUGCAUAUGAGAUCAUGGAAAAGCAAUCAGCUGACAUAAAACGAGGGGUGUUUUCCAAAAGGAACCUUAUUCCCAGGCUAAUUCUCCGGACUCUGUACGUGAUAUUCUGUGGGUUUAUGGCAGCAAUGCUUCCUUUCUUUGGUGACAUCAAUGGUGUGGUAGGCGCUAUCGGCUUUAUCCCCCUAGAUUUCGUUCUCCCUAUGCUUCUCUACAACAUGACCUACAAGCCCCCAAGAUCAUCCCUCACCUACUGGAUCAAUCUGUUCAUCAUAGUUGCCUUCACUGGUACUGGAAUCAUGGGAUCGUUCUCUUCUGUCAGGAAGUUGGUUCUUGAUGCCAACAAGUUCAAGCUCUUUAGCAGUGAUGUGGUCGAUUAAGCAUAUGCAUAAACUACUAAACAGGUCUGCCCUGAAAAUCUGGAGGGAAUGGGUGAUGAAGCCCUUUUGGUCCGUACAAUAAUUGUCAAUAAGCAUUUGAGUUGACACGGUUUGUAGUUGUGGCCUAGUGGUUGUUAUCUCUCGUUAAAAUUUAAGGUCUAACGUUUGAAUCCCCUCUCCCUCGACUUCCUCAUACGUACCCCAAAAUAAAAAAAAAAACAUUGUUUUCCCACUGAUUUGUGCAGAUAAGGCUGAGAUUAUGCACAGGCAUUUGCCUUAAUUGCUGUGAAUGUACAUGGACCCAUUUUAUUGUAAUUUUUGUUGGGCUAGAGUAAAUAGAGGAAAGGAAAAUAGUACAAUAAAAUUGUUACGUUUCAAGCUUA